UCUCUCUCUCUCUCUCUCUCUCAAAUCAAACUGGUGAUUCCACCUCACCACCCCCAUUUCACUCUCCCAAGUCCUCACAUAUCUGAACCUUCACAAACCACCACCACAUCACUACCAUGUCCUGCAAAGUUCUUCAGUUAAAUUAUCGUUUGCUUCUGUUUUCUUCUCCUCUCUUUCUCCCUGAGACCAGAUUCUAGUCCUCUUCUGUGAAAAUCUAAGAACACCCACAAGUUAUUGUUUUCCUACUAUGUUGCCUCGGGGACUCCAAAUCAAAUUCUUCCCAGAUCUUACUCUGCCUCCGAUUUCUCUGCAUCUAUUUAUCUGCCUUAGUUAGGAUUUUCUGGAAAUGGCUACCAAAAAUGUGUUUCUGUUUAAAACCCAAUUUGAUUCGAUCAAUACUUGGUUUCUGAAGGAAUUGUUGCACAAGAACAUGAUUUGGCUUCUGGGUUCUCUGCGAUUGUUCCUGUGUAACUAUGUGGUUUGUUUGUUUGGGGUGAUUCUCAAUUUCGUUUCCAGCUUUCAUGUGGGAGGAGAUGGGAAGACUGAGAGAUAUUGUGAGAUUGAUGGGUUCAGAGAAGAGCUCACUAAUUUUCUAUUUCAGAACCAUGAAGAUGUCUUUGAAGAUCUUGGAAUUGGUGGAGAGAAAACUCAGAGCUCUUUACUCAUAGAGGACAUAUUCUCUGAUGUUGAUGAUGAGAAGGAAAAAGUUGAAGGAGGAACACUUUUAAUGGAGGGUUACCGUGAAUUUCAGGAGAAUAAGAAAGAAGAAGAAACAGAGAGUUCUGUUUCAAUGGAGGUUCACUCAGAUUCACAUGAAAUUAAUGAAAAGAAAACAGAAACAGAAAUCAUUGUUCCGGAAGACCAUUUUGAUGAAGCAGAGAAAUGUGUUUCACAGGAAGUUCAAUUUGAUCAACCAGAAGAUGGGAAGAAGAAAGAAACAAAAUCUGAAUCCUCUAUUUCACUGAAUGUUCAUUGUGAUUUACCAGGAAAUAAGAAAGAAGGAGAAAUAGAGAGCCCUGUUUCAAUGGAGGCUCACUUUGAUAUUGAAGAAAAUGAGGGAAAAGAAGAAUCAAAGAGUUCUGUUUUAAUGGAGGUUCAGUCUCAUCAUCUUGAAGGCGAAGAAAGAGAAACAAGCUGUGUUUUAAUGGAGGCAAAUUCUGCUACGACCACACAAAAAUAUCAAUACGUGUCAGACAGAGACAUCAGUGGGUUCUUGGAGGAACCUACAUCCAUGAGAUUCACUUUCCAAGAAUUUUUUGUGGGUCCAAAUGUUCCUGUCAUUUCUGAUAAUAACGCUAAAAUUAUUUCCCAGAAACAGGAAACAUCAGAGCAAACCCAAGCAAAUAAGCUUCUAGGUUGCAACAAUAAUUCUCAGAAAGGACUUGAAUCAGAAAGUCUUAUUGCAGCCAGAGGGGAAAUAUCUGAAGAAUCUGGGAAGCCUGAGGAAAAAGAAAGAUCAUAUGAAGAACAAGACCAAAUGGUUCAUAGAGAAAAUAAAGCUGAAGAAUGGAGGAAGAUGAUGGAACAAUUGGAACAUGAGGUGGGAAAUGAGUGGAGAAUGGAAUGGGAACAUGAUGAUGUAGUGGAACAGCUUAAGAUUGAGUUGAGAAAUGCAAGACAAGGUGGACUUUCCACAAUUAUUGAAGAACAAGAAGAGGAUGAUGAUGAUGAUGAAGAAGAGGAAGAAGAAGGAGAAACAGGGGAAACAGAGCAUGCAGAAGAAGUUGGAGAUCAAAAUCUUCAAAAUAAUCAAGAAAACGAAGAACUUAAGGAUCAAAUGGAUGAACUUGAGGAAGUUUAUCAGAUCUAUGAAGAGAAAAUGAGGAAACUGGAUAUCUUAAAUUACCAGACCAUGCAUGGACUAGGUCUUCUGCAACUGAAAGACUCUGCAAAAUCAAGCUUCAAAGGAUUGAAGCCGCUAAUCUCACAGAGUCUAUGGCCAAGAAAAGAGCCAAAAAGUAGUCCACUGAUGAAGUUGGUUCAAGAAUUACAGAGAGAUCUUGAAGUGGUGUACGUAGGACAGGUUUGCCUCUCAUGGGAAAUGCUGUGUUGGCUCCACAAGAAAGCUCUACAACUCAUCAAACAGUUUCAAAAUCAUUCAUCACAAGUAGCUCCCCCUCAGUUCAAUGUAGCUGCUGGUGAGUUUCAGCUCUUUCAGGUUCUGUUGCAGAGAUUCGUAGAGAAUGAGGCGUUUCAAGGCCCCAGAACUCUUAACUUUGUCAAGAACCGCUGUGUCAUUCGCAAUCUUCUCCAAGUUCCUGCCAUUAGAGAUGAUAGUGCAAAAGAAAGGAAUAUUACUAAAGGGGAUCAAGAAUAUGUAGUUUCCAGUGCAAGAUUAGCAGAAAUCAUCAAGGAAUCAAUGCGGCUGUUCUGGAAAUUUGUGAGAGCAGAUAAAGAAGACGUGAAUUUGAUCCUCAAAGUUUCCCAGCCAACUCGAACUGUUCCUAGCAGAGACCCUGCAAUCUUUGAUCUUGUGAAAGACAUUAGAGCUCAUCUUCACAAGAAGGAGAAGAAGUUGAAAGACCUGGUGAGAAGUGGAAACUGCAUAGUGAGAAAGUUCCAGAAGCAUCAGCAACAAGAAGAUCAACUGAAUCAUGAGCAAUUACUUGCUCAGGUUGAGCUGAAACUGGUUUCAAGGGUACUGAAUAUGUCAAAACUGAGAAAAGAACACAUUAUAUGGUGCAAUGAGAAGUUGAGGAGGAUUAAGUUUGUGAUGAAGAAGAAGAAGGUUGUGGUGGAGCCUUCUUUCCUGCUAUUCCCAUGCUGAUUUAUUCCAUUGGACUACUCAUCUAAGUUAAAAGGAAUAAAUUAAUGUGGUAUCAGGUAUAGAGACACUUCCAUAUCUAUGGAUAAUGUAUAAUUGUAUAUGUUUCUUUCAUUCCCAUUUAGAACAAUGAUAUUUAUACAAUAUACAGUACUACUAUGUAAAAUAGGUUAGACAUUUGAAAUUUUAAUGUUUAAAUAAUGAUUCAUGAAAAAUACUCGAGUUUAAAUGUUAAUUAGAGAUAUUAGAGUA